GUUACGGUUGAAGCCAAAGGUGGCAUCUCUUUCUCUCUCUUUGGCUUUGUCCCCUCUGUCCUCGUGCGCUUUCUCCCAACAAUUCGCUCUUCGGUUCCAACCUCAAUACAUGUCUGUCUGUCUCUGAAAAAAAAAGCCAGACUCAGAGAUCUUCGCAACCCUCAAACUUUUGCGAAUUUCAGAAGUGGAGUUUUUAUUGGCCAUCGUCACAUGAUUCCUAUCGUUGCAUUUCUUCUCUCCUUUUCUUCUGUUGAGGUUAGUUAGCACCGAAGUUUACACAGUGAAUGUGAAAUAUGGAUGUUGCUGAGCUCGAAGAAAAUCUUUUUGCAGCAGGCGAUGCCAAGUUACAUGGAGAAAUGUGCAAGUGUCUUUCUGCAAUAUACUGCAAGAUAUUGUCAUUGUUUCCUUCUUUAGAAGCCGCUAGGCCUAGGAGCAAAUCUGGAAUUCAGGCAUUAUGUUCAUUGCAUGUUGCCUUAGAAAAGGCAAAGAAUGUUCUUCAGCACUGCUCAGAGUGUAGUAAACUUUACCUGGCUAUAACUGGGGAUUCUGUUCUUCUAAAAUUUGAGAAGGCUAAAUGUGCUCUUGAGGAUAGUCUUAAACGAGUGGAAGAUAUUGUUCCUCAGUCAAUUGGUUGUCAGAUUGACGAAAUUGUAAAUGAACUUGCAAGUACCGUAUUUGCACUUGAUCCUAUAGAAAAGCAAGUUGGCGAUGAUUUAAUUGCAUUGCUUCAGCAGGGAAGAAAGUUUAGUGACUCUAAUGACUGUAAUGAACUCGAAUGUUUUCAUCUAACUGCUACUAGAAUUGGAAUCACCUCUUCAAGAGCAGCUCUUACAGAAAGAAGAUGUCUAAAGAAACUCAUUGAUAGGGCUCGGGCUGAGGAAGACAAGCGAAAAGAAUCAAUUAUUGCUUUUCUUUUACACCUUAUGAGGAAAUAUUCCAAGUUAUUUAGAAGUGAGUUCUCUGAUGAUAAUGAUUCUCAGGGUUCUACACCUUGUUCUCCCACUGUUCACAAAUAUCUUGAGGAUGGCAUUCCUGGUGGUCAUUUUGACAGACAGCUUUCAAAACUUAGUUCCUUUAAUUUUAAGCCAAAUAAUAGGAAAUCAGGGCAGAUGCUCCUUCCACCCGAAGAGUUAAGGUGCCCAAUAUCUCUGCAACUUAUGAAUGAUCCUGUUAUAAUUGCUUCUGGGCAAACAUACGAAAGGGUUUGUAUAGAGAAAUGGUUCAGAGAUGGGCACAAUACCUGCCCAAAGACUCAACAGAAACUUUCACAUCUUUCCUUAACACCUAAUUACUGUGUUAAAGGUCUUGUGGCUAGUUGGUGUGAACAGAAUGGUGUUCCUAUUCCCGAAGGCCCUCCUGAAUCUCUUGAUUAUCACUACUGGAGAUUGGCAUUAUCAGAUUCUGAAUCCACAAAUUCAAGAUCUGUAAACAGUGUUGGCUCUUGCAAAUUGAAGAGUGUCAAAGUUGUUCCCGUAGAAGAGAGUGGUAUCUCAGAGCAAACAGAGGAAACCAUAACUGAAAGUUUUUCUACAAAAGAGGAAGGUAAUGAACAGUAUCUUGGUUUUCUUAAUUUCUUGACAGAAGGGAACAAUUGGAAGAGGAAGUGUAAAGUGGUGGAACAGUUGAGGCGUGUGCUGCGGGAUGACGAGGAAGCCAGGAUUUUUAUGGGGGCUAAUGGAUUUGUGGAAGCAUUUAUGCAGUUUCUGCAAUCAGCUAUGCAUGAAGGGGAUGUGAUGGCUCUUGACAAUGGAGCUAUGGCUCUGUUCAACCUGGCUGUGAAUAACAACAGAAAUAAGGAAAUUAUGAUAUCAGCAGGAAUCUUAUCGUUGUUGGAGGAAAUGAAUUCAAAAUCUAGUUCCUAUGGUUGUGCAGCUGCCCUGUAUCUGAAUCUUUCUUGCCUUGAAGAAGCCAAGCGUGUGAUUGGCACGAGUCAGGCUGUCCAGUUCCUAAUCCAGAUUCUUCAUGCCGAGACAGAAGUCCUGUGCAAGCUAGAUUCCCUCCAUGCACUCUAUAAUCUUUCUACUGUGCCAGACAAUAUUCCAAACCUCCUUUCAUCUGGCAUCGUUAAUGGCCUACAAACCCUUUUUGUAAGCCAGGGUGAUAGCACGUGGACAGAAAAAUGCAUAGCUGUUUUGAUAAAUUUGGCUGUUUCUCAAGAAGGGAGAGAGGAAAUAAUGUUGGCUCCUGGACUCAUAAGCGCCUUGGCUUCCACACUGGAUACUGGUGAGCCCUUAGAGCAAGAGCAAGCUGCCUCUUGUCUCCUAAUUUUAUGUAACAGGAGUGAGAAAUGCUGUGAGUUGGUUCUGCAAGAAGGGGUUAUACCUGCAUUGGUGUCGAUAUCGGUGAAUGGAACCUCGAGAGGGAGAGAGAAAUCUCAGAAGCUUUUGAUGCUCUUCCGGGAGCAGCGACAAAGAGAGCAUUCAGCUGCUAAGACAGAUGAAGGUGAAUCUGAAAGUAGUGAUUUGUCUAUGCUUCCUGAAACGAAACCGCUAUGUAAAUCAAUAUCUAGAAGAAAGGCAGUGGGGAAAGCUUUUAGCUUUCUCUGGAAAAGCAAGAGCUAUUCUGUUUCCCAGUGUUAAGUUUCAUGUAAAUUAAUGUUUGAUUCUUAACUUUCCUGGCCUUGCUUUUCACCCUCCUAUCACCUGUUUCCACGGGUGCUACAUACUUUUUGCCUUCCAAAGAAGAGAUGUACAGUCAUGUGUAAUUUAUGGAAAUGGAAUUCUUUUUCCUGUCUCUUCCCUCUUUGUA